AUGGCUGUCAGAAAACUGUGCUUACUUCUCGGUUUCUGCGCAAUUGCAGCUGCGCAGAUAAGUUCUAAGUAUUGUCCACAUGAGCAACCUGACGUUAAGUACAAGGUUUGGUCUUCUGAGAAUAGUUGGAGUUCUGGGAAACUACCGGAAGCUACAACAGACGUAACUUUAGAUGACGGGUUCUACCUACUUGACACGUCAAUUGACGUCAGAAGCGUCACGGUUGGCAAGGACGCUACACUUGUGUUUAAGGAUGUUGACCUCACCGUCAAGACUCGCUACAUCCUGGUCCGUGGGGCGCUUUAUCUCGGCUCUGAAACGUGUAAACUCAAAAGCAUCAUUGCCAUUACCUUAUAUGGUGAUAAAGGUGAUGUUUCAAUAUCUGGUUUUGGAGAGAAAUUCAUUGGAGUAGAGAGUGGCGGAAUUCUCCAUCUUCACGGAAGUGACAAACUGCCGUGGACUAAACUGACCCAGACGGUCAGGAAAGCGAAGGACGGAGAAAUCUCAGAUAUAUACAACGAUGAUGGUGUCAGAAAAGCCCACUUUCAAGGAAUUGUAAUGUAUAUCUGGAACGCAACUUCCGGGGAGCUAGAGGAAGCGAAACCUGCGUAUGCAGCUGGUCGAUACACAGUCACCAGAGCCGGCAAUCAGUGCGAGGCUGAUCAGGAUGCCAAACAGUUUGAAGAAAUGCUCAACGCUGUACCCGACGGAAAAAUAGUUGGUUUGGCUUUAAUACGACAUCUCCUGCACAGAAAUAUAAAUUACGCCAUGUUCUACGAGAUCUUUGAAAACGUCGCCUUCGGAAAAGUGACGGGAAAUAGUGGUGUGCGUGAUCUUCGUCUGCAUGACGCUUGGUCUUUCAUCAUGAAGAAAGGUGACAGCUCUACAGCCCAAGAAUUACUUUUGAAAGACGAUAAAGUAAAGCUGGAGCGUGCCGCCGAGUUAUACCAUUACGAAAAUAAUAUCAAGUUCACUGUUAGGAGCUGGGUUCACACCAUUCGUCGUGGUGCCUGCUACUCCCGAGGAAAGAGCGCUCAAGCUGACAUCGCUGAUCCAAAAUUAUCACUGACUAGUGACGUCACUUCCUGGACAGAUGGCGAUGAAGUGGUCCUCCUGUCUACCGAUUAUGACCCAAAACAAGCGGAGGUGACCACUAUUAAACAAUGUGAUGACUGUGGAUCGAAGGAGACGAGAAUUAAUCUUGAACCUUUGUUCGCUCACUUUGGACAAAUGGUUAAUGGCGUCGAUAUGCGAGGAGAAGUUGCUCUACUUAGCCGUAAUAUAAAAAUCCGAGGGGCACCGGCAGCUAAUAGCAAGACACUCGGGGGACAUAUCAAGGUCCUAAAGGGUUUCAAAGAAGCACAGGUCGAGAAUAUAGAGCUGGUCAAUAUGGGUCAGUUAGAUAGCCUAGGAAAUUAUCCAUUCCAUUGGCAUAUGUGUGGUGACGUCACAAACUCUUAUAUCCGGGGUAGUGUUAUCCGGGAUUCUAAUGCACGUUGUGUUACAGUUCAUGCUACAAAUGGGGCCGUGGUGGAGAAUAAUGUCUGUUUUAAUGCUGUGGGACAUGGGUUCUUUCUAGAGGAAGGUGGAGAGGUGUAUACAGUCUUUAGCGGCAACCUCGGAGCUGGAACUACCCGCACAAAUUCACUGACCAAAACAGACAUAAUGCCUUCCACCUUUUGGAUUACGAAUCCCAAAACAACUAUGAGAAAUAAUGUGGCUGCUGGAAGUGACUACGCUGGAAUCUGGUACAUAUUUCCUGAUGAACCUAUCGGAGCUUCCUACGGAGUUGUGAAAACAAUGCAGAAAGACGAGGCUAAACGAACUCCUAUAAAAGAGUUCACCAAUAAUGUCGUCCACUCCAACCGUGUGCAUGGAUUUACCUUCGAAAGGCGCCUAGAAAACAAUACAGCCUUUGGAUGGGGGACGAAAUAUAACCCUCUGAGUGAUCCUCUGGACGAGGAUUCCGCUCCACAGACGGCGGUCUUUAACAGAUUGACGGCAUACAAGAAUGAGAGAUUUAAUGCUUGGUUUGAUGCCGCCAACAUCCAUGUGACACGGUCUUCGUUCUCCGACAGUUUGAUAUCACUUGCAGUGAUCAGAAGCAGCAGUGGCCCUCAUUGCUUGGUCACUAACAGUGUGUUCAUGGGAGAAUCUAUUAAUCUUGGAGAACCUUCUAUUAUCAGAGGAAACGGCAUGGUAAAAACUUACCCCCGGGCUGUACCACUUCAAAUGGCAAACCAGCCCCGUCAAGGUUUCGUAUUUUAUGACAGAGCAAUCAGUCUGGAGGAUUCCUGGUUUGGUAACUAUGCUAGUACAGAUGACUACAAUGCCGGGGCUCUUGGUUUUCAAAGAAACAACAUGAAACUGGCGGCUAGUGGAGCAUUUACCAAAGGGCUUCUAUGGGGGUUUAGUGAUGCUUCUGAAGGGAAUCGUGUGUUCGAUGGUAAUUCCACUGACCUCGGUUUCACGGCGUUUGACGGCGACGACGUAGUUGUCAUAAACGACCUUGAUGGAUCAACCACAGGCACCAAAGGAAAUUCUGUGGUAAAACCAAUACCGUUCCACAUGACUGAACAAUGUGAAGAGGUUGAUAAUUGGAAAAUGGCGAUUUGUCCGCAUGCAUUUGGCCAAGUAAGAGCCACUUAUGAAGGAAUUGUGACUGACGAGAUUACAGUCUCGCGAGAUGAUGAUGCCGAUGAUCCCAUCGUGGGAGACAAAAGGUCAUAUGCCCCUUUCCUGACAAUCCUUGGAGGGACACAUAGCUACCUAGUCCGCUCCAACGCAAAGAAAGCGCCAGGAUGGUGGAAAUUUCAGUACCUUGGCGUGUCAAAAUCCAAUUUUGCAACUUUAGCUGUGUGUAUUCCACAAAAAUCGACAGCGAGGCCAUCUAUGUAUAAUCUGGAGACUGACAAAUGGGAAAAGGGUGUAGCAGUGUCAUCGUAUGAAGACUUUAAGAACGGGACAUCCUUCAGGGACUAUUACGUAGACACAGAAGUAGGAGUUGUGUUUGUGAAUGCCAUGCACAUCCGUGAACAGCUAGAUACGGACAGAGGAAACUGCUUAGACGACAAGUGCCCGUAUGUAUACAUUUCCAAUAGAGAUGGCGACCGAACAGACAUGGACUGCUCUAGCCGAUUUUAUGCCAAAUACAAAAAAGACCAAGUCCAACCUUCACGUAAAAAGAGAGAAACCAUAGUCACUAAUGACAAAUUCCCCGCCACACAAGGCAGCCCACCAACAAACUGGGGAGCAGGAUCUACUGCAGCCUAA